AUGGAUGAUAUAGCGACUGACAUUUUACGACGGACAAUAAGAAAAAUACCAGUUAAAAAACUGCAAGAUACGUUAAAAAGUUGGGAACACAUUUCAACGAGUCAGCUGGAAACCCUGGAUUUUUCCCAACCAAAGUGGGUAUUUCUGGAGAAUCUACGCUCGCUAUGUGAGGAGAACGAUUUGAACGUGAAACAUGUGACCGAACUUGAGAUGAUUUACCACAUACGAAACCCAAACCAAGGAACCUGGCAUGCCUGUCAGCUUUUAGAAGCAGAAGAUGAAGCAUUGUCUGUUGAGCUGACGCAAUUCAGAGAGCAGUUCAAGGCACACUUAAUGGAGGUCAUGAGACAUGUGUCUGUCAAAAUAAAGAAACAUGAGGACCAGGCCAUAUGGAUCCGCAUCGCAUGGGGAGACAACUUUAACAAACCUAACCAACUCAAGCCAACAUAUGUUGUGCAUUACUUACAGACUCCUUACGUGUUUGUCUCUAAACUGUCAUCCAAACACAAGCCUUAUCUAUAUCAGGCACUGGUCUUAUCCACCAGACACAGCUCCAUAAAGGAUGCCCAUCUGAGUGGUAGCAGUCUCAUUGCGCUGAGAGACCUGCUCAUGAGGCAGUAUCAGCAGGUAUUUCCAACAAAUCAGUCAAGACCUCUUCAGGAGAGGAAUGCUCUUCCUUCCCAUCCCAAUAUUGGAAAAGAGCAUGCAGAGCUGGCAGAAAAACGACUUCAGAUGGCCUGUGAGGCAUUUGGUGACGGGACUGUUCCAAAGCUAGAAACUGCUGUUUACAGGCUGGAGACAAAGUACAAAGGGAACGGCAACGACACUCUGAUCGAUCGGGAUGAGCCUUUUAAGGGUGUUGUGCAGUUUACCAGCACCAAUCUCCUGGAGUCACUUCGCCACUGUGUGGCCUCAGGCAUGGCUGAUGCUCCUGUCACCCCCCUCUUGUCUUCAAUCACACAGAAAGGGAGGAACUACUUUGUGAUCACAGAAAAAGGCCCUGGUGCCGCUAGUCAGAUGACAGGACGAAAGAUUUGA